AUGUUCCUUACUAGCUAACAGUUGCUCGAAGAGGCUCUGAAAUACACUUCGUUCCAAAGAAACCUCAUUCAAACCGACAGCUCCAAAAUGAUGGAGGUACGACGUCUUGAACAGCAGCGCCGCUUAUUGGCCAUGCGCGCUGCCGAAUCCUCACUGCCCUCCAGCCAGGAGGAGGACUUCAAUCUGCGCCUGGUGAACCUGUACAAGGGGCAGCCCUGCCUGUGGAACACCUCGUUGCCGGAGCACCUGGAUGCGGAGCUGAAGCGCAGUGCCUGGGAGAAGAUCGCCGCUCAGAUGGGCAGCCAUUUGACUCCCGAGUUCGUCCGCUGUCGGGUGCGCAAUAUGCGCUACCAUCUCAAUGUCUACAAGCUGCAGAAGAUCGAGUACGACAUGGCCCCCGGAGUGGGAAAGGAACCAAAGAAGCCCUUCUACUUUGACCUUUUUGCGUUCUUGGACUCCAACAAUAACAACACCAAUGCAGAGAAAGAGAAACCGAAAGCUAAUCAAAAGCCCGAAGCAGAAACUGAUAAGUAUGCUAAGCUCUGGUCGGGAUUGAAGCUGACAUCCAUGGCCAAGAGGGAGUCGGGUGCUGGGAAUCCAGAGGAACGUCGCCCGGGACCGAGCAUCUUUGGUAUGGUCAAGAAGCGUUUGGAGGAGCAGGUGAAGCCACUCGAGUUCAGCAUGCCGCGUCUAUCCAUUUCGAAAAUGCAGAGGGGCAUGGUUAGAGAUCGGGUGCUGGACCAGAGCACUUCGACCAGUUCUCUGGGGGUCCUUUCCGAGGCACCGCCAGCAUUGCAGGCUCGUCCCGGUGACUCCGUGUCCAAGACAAAGUUGGCCCAGAAGAAGCCACCUGGGGAGCGGGAAAGCGAGAGGCCCACAACCUCGAAGAUGGCUCAGAUUACCCACGAUGAUGACAACCAGUCGGAGGACGAGGAGCUGUACAGAUUGCACUGGAGUGUUCGCAAGGAGCAGCGUUCGCGUCGUCCUGGACAGGAACAGCGCCAGAAGUUGCCCUUGGGCCUGCGCUCCUUCAGUUCCAACGAACCCACUCCACAUAUUUUUUAGGAAUUCUAAUUAUGGAUCUUGGGAUAGGGAACCCAAACCUACAGAAGGAGCAAAUCUAUCAAUAAAUCAAAUAAUUGUUUAAAAUUUUAGUUCUUAAGUUACAACUAAAUUGUUUAAUUAGUAUAUGACAAAGAUAUGCAGCUCUCUUCUGUCA